GGUAGUGCGUCCCGCCCCGCCCGCCGCGGGCAGCGCCGCCCCCCCGGUGCCCGGUGCCACGGCCCGGCAUGGCCCCGUUGGCGCUGCUCUCCGCCGCCUGCCUGGCCUUCACCCUCGCCAUGUUCGGGACCGGCCUGUCUGACCUGCACCAGAUGUUGGCAACUAAGAGUGUGGAGAACAUCCAGUUCCUGCCUUUCCUCACCACCGAUGUCAACAACCUGAGCUGGUUGGGCUACGGCUGCCUGAAGCAGGACUGGACACUGAUCCUUGUCAACACCACCGGGGCAGCGCUGCAGACCCUCUACAUCCUGGCGUACCUCUACUACAGCCCUGCCAAGUGCCCUGUGCUGCUGCGGAGCCUGCUGCUCCUGGCCGUGCUGGCCGCUGGCUAUGGCUACUUCACCCUCCUGAUUGCCGACACGGGGACGCGCCUGGCGCGCCUGGGGCUGUUCUGCAGCGUCUUCACCAUCAGCAUGUACCUGUCACCGCUGGCUGACCUGGCCAAGAUUGUCCAGAGCAGGUCGACUCGCUGCUUGUCCUUCCCCCUGACCGUCACCACCUUCUUGGCCUCCACCAGCUGGACGCUCUACGGCCUGCAGCUCCAUGACCCCUACAUCACGAUCCCCAACGUGCCGGGCAUCCUCACCAGCCUCCUGCGGUUCUGGCUGUUCUGGCGGUACCCACCCGGCCAGGAUAAACCCUACAGGCCCCUGCAUGCCUGAGGGGACCCUGCUGGUCAUCCCCUCCCUGCCCCCUCCUCAAAAGAAGGAGCCCACAUGCGGACCAAUGAAGGAUCCUCCAACCCUUGCCAGUCUCUCCUGGCAUGGACUGGCCCUGCUUGCUGAGCCCCAGCUGCCACUGCAGUGCUGCUGUUCCCUCAGCCAAGGGUUGCCUGCUCCCUACAGCUGCAGGGCCCAAGGAAGGCACUUCCUUGCCUUUGCCACGAUGGUUUGCCCUCGGUGGCAUCCUUCCAACUUUUGGUCCUUCAGUGAUGGUUGAGUUGGACUCAGCAAUGCCUUUGGGGUGCCAGGGGCUACCUCAUCCCAGUCCCUGGGCACCCUGCCAGUCCCUGGGGACCCUGGACAGUCUUCCACGUGCCCUAGUGCAGGGCUGGGGUUGCUGGGCAGCUCUGCCCCUCUUUUGUACCAGUUCAAGUGCCUUUUAAUAAAUCAGAGCCUUCCCAGCA